AUGAAGCAUUUUAUGGCCUUUAUUGAUGAUGAUGAUGAUAUGCUUGUUGAUGACACCCCACCAAACUCUCUAGGUGAUAAUUCUCCUCCACCUCCACCUCCAUUAUCAAAUCUUCCUCCAUCACUUCCUCCACCAUCUCAUUGUCCUCCUCGUACUCCUUCAUCACUUCCUUAUUCUCCUGAAUAUGAUGUUGCCAAAGGGGGGGGGGGGCUUGAGAUGUCUGAAACUGGAAGGGCUGAAGCUGACCUUCAAAAGGAAAUUGUUAUUGCUAACAUUCCAUAUGUUGUUACAAAAAUUGAUCAGCCUAUUCCAGACACUGGUAAUCAAUCAGAGACUGAUGAUUAUAAAGGGUUUCUUGAUGUUGGAUUCAUGCCACCUGCCAAUGUGCCAGUUGUUCAUUUUAAACUUGCCUACCGUGAUUCAUAA